AUGUGCUGCGCUAGCAGCCCCGCAGCGGCCAAUCAUCUAGCACGACACAGCUCCAUCAGCGCAGUCUUGGCGGCGCACACGGCAGAAGCUAACCAAAGAUACAUACUCCGUAAUAUACAGGUACCGGCUGGCUGGGGAUGCGGUGCGAUGCUUGUCGUUCACGCUGGUAAUUAUCGUAUUGGUGGAAGCGAUAAGUCUGUCUCGUGCUUGCUGCCGACUACAAAAACUAUGGCGGAUGUGACGUAUCAUGUAUCUGCGUAUAUCCCAAUACUCAAGGAUUUAACCUAG